AUGUUCUUCCGUCGCUCAUCUACAGGAUCAAUCUACAACAAAAUCUUCUGUCUCCUUGUUGUGGUUCUUCUACUUGGCACUCUGUUUGUUGCCGACGCCACUUCGCCCAAAAAGCCGAAAGAGAAGGAUAAAGAUAAAGAAGGCAAAGGGAAGGGAGAAGACGGUAAAGAAGGUGACAAGGGUGACAAGAAGACGACUGAUGAUGACAAGACUACUAAACCAGAAGCGAAGGUGGAGGAGGACUGUCCGCUUGGCACUUCAAUCAUCAUUGUGUUGGUUGUUCUUGGUUUUAUUGCUCUUUUGAUGACAAUCCUCGCCAUUGUCUUCAUUUGUCUCUUCUUCACUCUCAAAUCCAAAAUGGAAAAGAUGGAGGUUGAUGCAAAAGCGGCGCUGAAAUGGGCGGAGAUGGAUAAGGACUAUUCAAAGUUGGAGCUGGGAUCGGCAUAUCAUACGAGUAAAAAGAAAGGAGGGAAGAAAUGA